AUGAGAGGAUUCAUACUGGAGAGAAGCCAUAUCAGUGUUCAGAAUGUGACAAAGCUUUUACACAGAAGUCAGAUCUUAUUGCACACCAUGGGGUUCACACUGGAGAGAAGCCAUAUCAGUGUUCAGAAUGUGAUAAAACUUUUAAACGGAGAAGUCACAUCUUAUCACACACCAAAGGAUCCACACCGGAGAAGCCAUAUCAGUGUUCUGAAUGUGACAAAGCUUUUACACGGAUGGCACAUCUUGUCACACACCAGAGGAUCCACACUCGAGAGAAGCCAUAUCAAUGUUCAGAAUGUGACAAAGCUUUUACAGGUAAUGCCGGGCUAA